CAAUUAUCAGCAUCCACUAAACACAACGAAACAAGGACCUUCGUUUCUUCUCUCUAAAGUAAAACAGAGUUCAGAGAGCUCUUAUCUUAAACAGUUAGGCGGCAAACACAAUGGUGGUUUGGAUUUGGGCAACAAUGGCGUUGCUUACAGUUGUUCACAUCCUGCGAGCAUGGAUAUGGAAAAGCAAUAACAAGAAGAUGUUACCUCCUGGUCCAAGAGGGUUUCCUAUUUUCGGCAGCCUCUACUCGUUGGGGCAGUUCCCAAACAAAGAUCUUCAUCGGUUAGCCCAAAAAUACGGCGAUAUCAUGUACCUGCGGUUAGGUCUUAUGCCUACCAUUGUUGUCUCAUCCCCACAAGCGGCUGAGCUGUUCCUCAAAACGCAUGACCUUGUUUUUGCAAGUAGGCCACCUCAUGAGGGUGCAAAACACAUAUCCUUCGGGCAAAGAAACGUGAGCUUUGCUGAGUAUGGCUCAUAUUGGCGUGACAUCCGAAAGAUGUGCACACUUGAAUUACUAAGCAACCACAAAAUCAACUCUUUCAAGUCUAUGAGGAAAGAAGAGGUUGCUCUCUUAAUUCAGUCUAUUAAAGAGGCUGCCAAUAAUCGACGUGUUGCUGUCGAUCUCAGUGACAAGGUCUCAACUCUUAGUGUUGACAUGACCUGCCGGAUGGUGAUUGGGAAGAAGUACAAGGAUGAAGAGUUUGAUGAGAGGGGUUUCAAGUCUGUGAUCAAAGAGGGUAUCCAAUUAGCAGCAGCCCCUAACUUGGGAGAUUAUAUUCCUUGGAUUGCACCACUUGACCUCCAAGGGUUCACUAAGAGGAUGAAGGCUGUUAACAAGGCAUUUGAUAAAUUUUUUGAGAAGGUGAUUGGUGAGCAUCUUCAAUCCAAGGAUGAAGAAAGACCGAAGGACUUUGUUGAUGCCAUGGUGGCGUUCAUGUUCUCUGAAGAAUCUGACUACCGAAUCGAACGCACCCAUAUCAAAGCUAUAUUGUUGGACAUGCUUGUGGCCUCAAUGGACACAUCAUCAACAUCGAUUGAGUGGGCGUUCUCCGAACUCAUGAGGAAUCCACAGGUAAUGAAAAAAGUCCAGAAAGAACUAGAAAACGUUGUAGGCCUCAAAAGAAUGGUGGAGGAAUCAGACUUGGAAAAAUUAGAGUACUUGGACAUGGUAGUAAAGGAAACACUAAGGCUACAUCCAGUGGUACCAUUGUUGGUUCCUCAUGCAGCCAGGGAAGAUUGCACUGUCCAUGGCUACCACAUACCCAAAAAGUCACGCAUUAUCAUAAACGCUUGGGCAAUUGGGAGAGACCCAAGUGCUUGGACGGAUGCAGAGAAGUUCAUACCAGAGAGGUUUGUGGGUAAUAACAUUGAUGUUAGAGGAAAUCACUUCCAGCUUAUCCCAUUUGGCUCUGGUAGAAGACGUUGCCCUGGAAUUCAGUUAGGCCUUACUGUGGUCCAGUUAGUGUUGGCACAACUUGUGCAGUGUUUUGAUUGGGAACUUCCAAAUAACAUGUUGCCAAAUGAGUUGGAUAUGACUGAGGAGUUCGGUUUAACGGUUCCGAGGGCUAACCAUCUACUCCUUAUUCCUUCCUACCGCCUUCAGAAAUGACCAUUGUUAUUGUGUCUGUAAUGUCUCAUUUCCUACUUGUAUGCUGUAAUAUUGUGUGGACUAUCUUUUCUACUGUUUUACAUUUGUUUUGUUCAUACGAGGAAAACCAGAAAUGGAAUAAAUUGGUGUCAAAUUAAUUGUCAAUAA